AAAAGAAAAAUAUCUGAAAUAUAUAAAACGGGUCUGGUCCGCUGGUAAUAUUAUGACCGCAGAUAGAACAUGGCGGCUUCAUCUAAUCUCUUUGCAAUCCCUGCGCGUCUUCAGUCAGCUUCUUCUCCGUUUAUCUCCGCACCAAACCGGAAUCGAGUUCGUAUCCUCGCCAAAUCAUGCCCGGACAAUCAGAGCUUCGGUUCCAACGAUUCGGAUACUUCACCGGAGACAACCAACGAAACCCAGGGGGAUCAGAAACCUUUGUCAAGGAGACAGUGGAUGAUGACAUGUGCGUGCUUAUCUCCAGCUUUAAUUACCAAUGCUUAUACCUUUGUCUCUGUACAAAAUGCAGCCGCUUUAGACAAGAAACCAGGUGUUUGCCGUAACUGUCAGGGCAUUGGUGCUGUUCUUUGUGAUAUGUGUGGUGGUACAGGAAAAUGGAAAGCUCUCAACCGAAAACGUGCCAAAGAUGUAUAUGAGUUUACAGAAUGUCCAAACUGUUACGGUAGAGGCAAACUUGUUUGUCCGGUUUGUUUAGGUACAGGUUUACCAAACAACAAAGGACUUCUUAGAAGGCCUGGUGCUCGUGAGCUACUUGACAAGAUGUACAAUGGUCGUCUUCUUCCCAAUUCAUGAGCAGCACAAUAGUUAUGAAUUAUAGAAGAGGAAGAAAGCUAAUACAUUGUGGACGCAUGGGAAGCUAUAGGAGAACAUGUUUUUGUAAUGCUGCUAGCUUUGUGUUGUAAAUUCGAGUUAAAAAUACUCCAUGCCAUAAUGUAAGAUGUUAGGCAUAAAAAGCAUAUUAAAGAA